AAGACCUCUACCCCAAAUCCACAAACGGCAAACCCCACUUGCAUUUUCUCCCCCAUCUCCCAUCACUCUCUCUCUCUUUCUUCUUCCUCUGUCUGCCAAGCAACAGGAACUGCACAAAUCCUUCUUCAAUCCCAUAAUUUGCAAACAAUCUCUGAAAAAGUUCCGGUUUUGAUGAGUCUGGGCGAGAAAAAGAAGAAAAAUCUGUUGAGUGCAAUGUGAGGAUCCAACAACGAAGAAGAAGAAGAAGCAAUCUCUGGGAGGCAGUAUAAUGGUAGCUGGAGUAAUCUCCAGUAGCACUGACCCACCUCGAGAUCGGCUUAACAAUGUCGGAGGACAACAAAGAAGACCAAGAGGCAAACAGGUUCCCUCUCGCUACUUAUCUCCUUCUCACUCUCUGUCCUCCUCCACUACAACAACAACAACAACAACAUCUUCCUCUUCCUCCUCUUCAUCCUCCGCCACUCUCAAGACAAGCAAACGAUACCCAUCUCCCUUACUCCCUCGCCCCACCAAUUCCUCCUUUAACCCCAUCAAAACACCUUCUUUGCUACCUAAACGGUCGCAAUCCGUCGACCGCCGCCGACCCUCGCCGUCGCCGGCUCCGGCCGAAAUGUCGGCGGCGACGAAGAUGCUCAUCACUUCCACCAGGAGCUUGUCUGUCUCUUUCCAAGGCGAAGCCUUUUCGCUUCCCGUCAGCAAAAAGAAGGAGCCCGCCUCGCCGGUUUCUCACCGGAGAUCGACGCCGGCGCGAGAUCAGAGAGAGAACUCGAAACCACUUGACCAGCAUCGCUGGCCCGGAGCUUCCCGGAGAGGAAAGUCCGAACCUUUGGCUUCGAAUCCGCUCUCGAGAAGCUUAGACUGCGGCAGUGAUAGAGUGAAGGUGGGAUCUAACGGAAGUCCAAAAGUUGCUAUUAAUGGAAGUCCUAGGGUUUCUAUUAAUGGAAGGUUGAGUUUAGAUAUAGAAGCUAGAAGAAGACCAAACAAUAGUGUUUCCUGUGACUUCACUGCUUCUGAUACUGAUAGUGUCUCUUCUGGUAGCACUAACGGAGAAGUCUCCAAGUCAAGGAACGUUGUGGCUUCUGCUAGGUUUUGGCAAGAGACUAAUACCCGGUUAAGGCGGUUGCAGGAUCCUAGUGUAUCAUCAAAGCUUGGUCUUUCGAAAAGGUUUUCUAGUGAUGCUGUUCUGUCGUCAUCAUCUCCUCGUGGUAUGGCUUCUUCUCCUGCUGCUAUUCGCUCUGCUUCACCGAGUAAGCUUUGGGCUACUACUUCUCCAGCUAGGGUCCUUUCGAGUCCUUCUCGAGUGUCUGAUCAAAUGAAUGGUUAUAACCGCAAGGACACGUCAUCGAUUAUUAGUUUCUCUGCUGAUAUUAGGAGAGGGAAGAUUGGGGGAGGUCGUGUUGUGGAUGCACAUUUGUUGAGGCUUUUGUAUAACCGUUACUUGCAGUGGAGGUUUGUUAAUGCGAGAGCAGACUCUGCUUUCAUGGUGCGAAGAUUGAACGCAGAGAAAAAUCUGUGGAAUGCAUGGGUAUCAAUCUCGGAACUGCGCCAUAGCGUUACAUUAAAACGAAUCAAGUUACUUUUGCUAAGGCAAAAAUUGAAACUGGCUUCUAUUCUUAGAGGACAAAUGGGAUAUCUAGAAGAAUGGUCUCUUCUUGAUAGAGAUCAUUCAAGUUCUUUGUCUGGAGCAACCCAAGCCUUGAAAGCCAGCACGCUUCGUCUACCAAUCGUUGGAAAAACCGUGGUUGAUAUCAAAGACCUUAAGCAUGCUGUUAGUUCAGCUGUUGAUGUAAUGCAAGCUAUGUCAUCUUCUAUAUUCUCGCUUACUUUGAAGGUUGAUGAAAUGAAUACGGUAAUGGUGGAAACGGUGAAUGUAACUGCAAAGGAAAAGGUUUUGCUUGAAAGAUGUCAAGGUCUCUUAUCAAGAGUAGCAGCUAUGCAGGUUACAGAUUGUAGCAUGAAGACUCACAUAAUACAACUAAGACCAAUCACAAGCAGCUUGACUUGAUGACAACUGUAGAAAAAACAACUGAUCUUCCGCAACAGAACAGAUUUGCUAACACGGUGCCUUUUUCCUUCCUCGAAUCCCAACCUUAUCGUUUUCAAGUCAAGAUUAAGGUGAGAUUCGUGGGUUUAUCUCUCUCUCCAUCCCCUUUGCUAUCUCUUGCUUCUCGUAGUUCUACGUUUGUUUUGUUUUUUAAUGUAAGUUUGCAGGUAAUGCCUCUAAUGUAAGUAAGCUUAGUUUUGUAUACAAAAGUUUUUCUUCUAAUGGUUCUUUGGCUUGUGUACAUAUAACAGAUGUGGUAGAUGUAAUGAAUCACUGAUUUUUUCUUUCCUAUAAACGUGUUGCCGAUUUC